AUGAGUGAAGAUUAUGAUGGAGGUGUUUUGGUUCACUUACAGCACUUGAAUGAGAAACACACUUAUAGACAUGUGCAGAUUUUGGGAAUGUUGUUUGCAAAUUUCAAGCAAAUGGUAGAGAAAAACCUUGAAACCCUUGUUUCAAUCUGUGUGAUUGGGAUUCCAUCAUAUUUUAUAGACUUACAAAGGCGAGCUUAUCUUGAUGUUGCACAUAUUGCAGCCUGCUUCCCGCAAUCCGACCUCAAAUCGAGCCCUCAACAACCACAGAACACGAAAUCAAAUGGAUCACACUAUUUCUUCGCUCUUCGCGUACCUUCAGAUACAAAAUCUGGAAAUGAUUCGGAUUUUGAAUAUAAGAGUUUGUUAAAUUACGGGCUAACGAUUUCGAGUAAAGGUCUGGAGAAGGAGUUAGAGGAGUUCGAUCGAGUUUUAGAAGAUUAUAGUGCAUUUUCGGUGAAAGAGGUCAAGAGAAGUGUGUCGACAACGGUGGCGGUGGAUAAUGGUGGUUUUGUGGAGGCUAAAGCCGCAGCGAAUUCGACGACGUUGGCGCCAAAUGUUGAGGAUUACAGUGGGUCUGUUGCGAGGAUGAUUGAUGCGGGAUCAGAUCAGUUAAUCAAGGGAAUUUUGUGGUGUGGGGAUGUGAUGGUGGAUCGAUUAAAAUGGGGAAACGAGUUUUGA